UACCGUAAAUGUCAGCCUAAACGUGCACUAAAAUUAAAGUGUCGGCUGAGUUGACCGCAGUUCUUAACGGCCGUUGUCUACCGGACAGAAUAGCGACUCUGAUUUCGGUGCCUUAUUUAGAUUCCACUUAAAGGCCUCCGAGGGAAGUGAUGCAGCGCCGCACGGGACGCUAGUAAACACUACACUAGGCAGCAGGUAACGUUAGCCUACCGUUAGCUAGCAGCUAAAGUAUAUAUAUAUAUUAAAUAUGUCAAUGGAGCAACCACGGUUAAAUACUGACAGAUAAACGGUGUAAAGUGUGUCUGUGUUUCACUGAACAGUCUGUAGCUGCCGUUGUCUGAAAAACAAACAGAUGUUGCGUUCACGUGAAAUUCGCCUCGCCAGCUUUGUGCUGCAUUCAAAGUUGUUGUAAAACACCCUUUUCCCAUUGUUUUUGUCGUUUAACAGUAAUUUACUGGUGAAAUACGUUUCUGUUAUAGGUUACUGUUAUUACAUUAUUAAUAAUUCAUUUAAUUUUGAGCUGACAAUCGUUUAUUUAUUUUUUUACUAACUAAAAAAAAAUAGAAGCAGGGGUUCCCUGUAGGUCUUCUCUCCAACCCGUUAACACUAAGUUGUUAACAAAUAAAUAAAAUAUGUGCCUGGUCACUUUUACUAUUGGAUUAUUGUCAUAUUAAUGGCUUUCGGUCAUGUUAGAAUAUCUGUUUUUUUUAAACGUGUCCCUAAAGAUUUUAGUUCAGGUUAUAGAUUAACUACUUUAAAACAAAGUAAACCAUCUAAUGUAAGUCCAGUCUUUAUAGACAUCAUUAUUAUUCAAUCCAGGGAAAGAAUGACCUGUUUUCCACUUUGUCAUGUCAGGGAUUUAUAUAAGGUGCUGUAACUUUGUUGCUCCAGAAUUAGAGGGUUACCUGUUUGAUUAUAGCCAAUCCACUUCUCCAGACACCACUACACUACUGGGACCAGCCCAAACCAUGAAAAACAUCCCAAGACCAUUAUCCCACCUUCAAAAUAUGUCAAUAUAAUUUUGCCUGCAGUAUAUAGUGUAGCAAGGUAGUUGUCACGGUUUGGUCUCUCUUCCUGUUUUAUUUUGAAGUUUCAUGUUCCUUGUGGUCCUGGGUUAACUUCACUUCCUGCCUUGUCCCGUGAUUGUCUGAGUGUUCCCACCUGUUUCCCAUCACCUGCACCUUCCUUGUGUAUUCAAGCCCCGUGUGCCUGUGGUCCCCUGUCGCGUCAUUGAUCCCUGUCAGAUUACGUUGGAGCACGCUUCUGUUUGUAAGUACCAAUAAAGAACACUAUUUGUAAGAACCCUGCGCCUGAGUCCUUAAAACCCUGUCGGCCUGCACCAGUGCCAUGCCGCGUGACCGCAGUCUUCAGUAUUUUACAGUUCAGUUACAUUUUAGGGGACCCCCCAAGAGUCCUAAGUCAACCCUGGCUACAACCCUAAUUCACCAUCAUUACUUGUGUUACACUCCUACUGGUUUUUACUCCUACUGGUUUUUACUCCUACUGGUUUGCAUUUAAACAACAACAGCAGCAGAUGCGUCUGUUUCCUGAUUCUCAAACAUUCACAAACAUAUUGAUGAAAAUCUACAAAACGCAUCACAAAUCCAUUGCAGCGUUGACAAUUGUAUGAGUGAGCACUACAUCACAGCCACGUAUAAAAACAUUUAUUUAAGGAAAUAGAUUUUUUAAAAAGAUCGGGAUUAGAACCCCGUGGAUCCAAACAUGCAGAGACCGAUGUGCCUGCUGCUCUACGCAGUGCACUUGAUGAUUCACAUGGUCCUUCUACCCUUUGUGUAAUUCAUCUAUGAAGUUACAGCAGAACACGAUGGCUGGAGGAAACUUUCUGGUGUGGGAUCUAAAACAACAGGCCUCACCCAAUUAAAAUGGCAAAAGUCCUAUUAUGAAUCAAAUAGUGAUAAAAUUAAAUAACGUUCUUACAGUCACAAUAAAAAAAUCAUUGAAAAACAAAAUUAAGUCUCUCUAAAGAAAACAUGCUGGACCACAGAAGUCCUGCUCCAGAGGUGGUUUCCCAGUGCAAAGCCUACUGUUGAGUGACAAUUAACUUUGAAACACUUGUGUGAAAGUGUUCUAAGACGCGCCCAAAGUAACCUGUUGUUUUAGAGCCCCCCCCCCACACCAAAAUGUGUAUUUGAGACCAGCAAGGAGGUCCCAGACCUUCAGGAACCUCAAGGUGCUUACAACAGAUGUUUGAUUAGACUUCCUUCACAGUGGUGUCAUGCAAAGACAAAUGGGAUCCAAGAGAAGAGGUGCUCUGAGGUUCUUCUGCUCAGAUAGUUCCCACACAGCUGGUGUUAUGGAACCUCCUCAGAAUUAAAGUCAUGAACCAGGCUUUAGCUGCACCGUUGUAGAAGUCACAGGGUUCAAUGCGUGAGGAAAAAAGUACAAGCUUAGAGUCCGGAAUUUUGGUAAAUGGUGUAAAUCUGAAUGAGAGUUUUAGUGUUGAGGUGAAUGAGCUCUGUGUGUUUGUCCUGAUGAAGAUGAAUAAUGUGUGAGAUCUCCCAGCAGGUUGUUGUGAAGGUGUGAAGGUGUGGACUCUGCUAUGAAUCAGGCUGAGGACCCAGAGGACAGUGUCCCUCCCUCUGAAGCCCCUCUGUGGGGGGGACAUGACAGACAGACCAAAGCUCAGAGGACCCAUCAGGGACCAGAACCUGGACCUGGACCCAGCUGUGUGUCCAUGAAGAGUAACCGGUCUAUGGAUCAACCUCUAGUCUUCAAAGAUGUCCGUCCCUCUGCUGAUGCAAGUUCACAUCAGCAGAGAAGAAAGUCUCCUGAACCCAGAUGUGUGUCCAUGAGGAGUGAUCAGUCUAAUGAUCAUCUGAUUGACUUCAAAGAUGAUCAGUCUAUGGAUGGAAGGUUUAACUUCAAAGAUGGAGGCUGUUCUUUUGACCCAAAAGAGGACCAGGAGAGCUCAGAGGUUCCCACAGAGUCUGCCCAGCAGCAUCAAACCCACCUGGACUCCAUCUUCAUGCUGCUGGAGGAGAACAUCCUCACCUUUGUGAAGAACGAGCUAAAGAAGAUCCAGAAGGUUUUGAGUUCAGAUUACCCAGAAUGCUUAGAGAAGAAGGAUGAGGAGGUGCUGGAUGAAGAGCAGAGGAGGUUCAGAGAGGCAUUUGUGAUGAUCUCAGUGCACUUCCUGAGGAGAAUGAAGCAGGAGGAUCUGGCUGAGCGUCUGCAGAGCAGACUUCCUGCUGCAGUUUAUCAGCGUGAACUCAAAUCCAACCUGAAGAAGAAGUUCCAGUCUGUGUUUGAGGGCAUCGCUAAAGCAGGAAACCCAACCCUUCUGAAUGAGAUCUACACAGAGCUCUACAUCACAGAGGGAGGGACUGCAGAGGUCAAUGAAGAACAUGAGGUCAGACAGAUUGAAACAGCAUCCAGGAGACCAGCCAGACCAGAAACAACCAUCAGGCUAGAAGACCUCCUCAAAGCCUCAGCUGGAGGAGAAGAACCAAUCAGAACAGUGAUGACUAAGGGAGUGGCUGGCAUUGGGAAAACAGUCUUAACACAGAAGUUCACUCUGGACUGGGCUGAAGACAAAGACCACCAGGACAUACAGUUCACAUUUCCAUUCACCUUCAGAGAGCUGAAUGUGCUGAGAGAGAAGAAGUUCAGCUUGGUGGGACUUGUUCAUCACUUCUUCAGUGAAACCAGAGCAGCAGGAAUCUGCAGGUUUGAAGAGUUCCAGGUUGUGUUCAUCUUUGACGGUCUGGAUGAGUGUCGACUUCCUCUGGACUUCCACAACAAUGAGAUCCUGACUGAUGUCACAGAGACCUCCUCAGUGGAUGUGCUCCUCACAAACCUCAUCAGGGGGAAGCUGCUUCCCUCUGCUCGCCUCUGGAUAACCACACGACCUGCAGCAGCCAAUCAGAUCCCUCCUGAGUGUGUUGGCAUGGUGACAGAGGUCAGAGGGUUCACUGACCCCCAGAAGGAGGAGUACUUCAGGAAGAGGUUCAGAGAUAAGAAGCAGGCCAGCAGGAUCAUCUCUCACAUCAAGACCUCACGAAGCCUCCACAUCAUGUGCCACAUCCCAGUCUUCUGCUGGAUCACUGCUGGAGUUCUGGAGGACGUGUUGAAGACCAGAGGGAGAAGAGAGCUGCCCAAGACCCUGACUGAGAUGUACAUCCACUUCCUGGUGGUUCAGUCCAAAGUGAAGAAGGUCAAGUACGAUGGAGGAGCUGAGACGGAUCCACACUGGAGUCCGGAGAGCAGGAAGAUGAUCGAGUCUCUGGGAAAACUGGCCUUUGAUCAGCUGCAGAAAGGUCACCUGAUCUUCUAUGAAUCCGACCUGACAGAGUGUGGCAUCGAUAUCAGAGCAGCCUCAGUGUGCUCAGGAGUGUUCACUCAGAUCUUCAGAGAGGAGAGAGGACUGUACCAGGACAAGGUGUUCUGCUUCGUCCAUCUGAGUGUUCAGGAGUUUCUGGCUGCUCUUCAUGUCCAUCUGACCUUCUUCAGCUCUGGUGUCAAUCUGCUGUCAGAAGAACAAACAACCUCUCUGGAGUCUAAACGCUUAAAACACAAUCCUGAACCAAACCGUCUCUACCAGAGUGCUGUGGACCAGGCCUUAAAGAGUCCUAAUGGACACCUGGACUUGUUCCUCCGCUUCCUCCUGGGUCUUUCCCUGGAGACCAAUCAGAGUCUCCUACGAGGUCUGCUGACACAGACAGGAAGUACCUCACAGACCAAUCAGGAGACAGUCCAGUACAUCAAGGAGAAGAUCAGUGAGGAUGUGUCUCCAGAGAAAAGCAUCAAUCUGUUCCACUGUCUGAAUGAACUGAAUGAUGGUUCUCUAGUGGAGGAGAUCCAACAGUCCCUUAGAUCAGGACGUCUCUCCACAGAUGAACUGUCUCCUGCUCAGUGGUCAGCUCUGGUCUUCAUCUUACUGUCAUCACAAGAAGAUCUGGAGGUGUUUGACCUGAAGAAAUACUCUGCUUCAGAGGAGGUUCUUCUGAGGCUGCUGCCAGUGGUCAAAGCCUCCAACAAAGUUCUACUCAGUGACUGUAACCUCUCAGAGAGAAGCUGUGAAGUUCUAUCCUCAGUCCUCAGCUCCCAGUCCUCUAGUCUGAGAGAACUGGAUCUGAGUAACAACCACCUGCAGGAUUCAGGAGUGAAGCUGCUGUGUGAUGGACUGAAGAGUCCACACUGUGACCUGGAGACUCUCAGCCUGUCAGGCUGUCUGAUCACAGAGGAAGGCUGUGCUUCUCUGGUCUCAGCUCUGAGCUCCAACCCCUCCCACCUGAGAGAGCUGGACCUGAGCUACAACCAUCCAGGACACUCAGGAGGGAAGAUGCUGUCUGAUGGACUGGAGGAUCCUCACUGGAGACUGGAGACUCUCAGGUACUCGCGGGGAAGAGCUAAAGCGUCUGAUCUGAACACCCUCUCACGUCUGAAAGCAGGUCUUAAUAUCAGCGCUUCUUCAUCCAACACGUGGUUCAGAAGUGGACAUCACGGUGCAGGAAGAAACACCGGGUGGAGCCUGCUGGAGUCCGAUGGAUGACACCAGGUCUGAGGAAGUAUUCCUGUGAACUCACAAUCGACACAAACACAGUGAACAAAAGCCUCAAACUGUCUGACAACAACAGGAAGGUGACACGUGUGAAGGAGGAGGUUCAGUCACAUCCUGAUCAUCCAGACAGAUUUGACUACUGGCCUCA